UGCCGCGGCAGCAGCAUUGUGAGGACAGAGCUCGUAUGAAGCGUCGCUGCGUUCCACUGAGAGCCGACCAUGACCUGCUGACCCCCGACACAGACACUCUGUUGGGGGUCCGGCUGCAUCCUGUCCACCAGGUGAGGUUGGAGGGCGUGACCUCUUUAUCAGGACACCUGAGUGACUCAUCCAGCAGCGAAUCAGCUGUCAGGGUGUCGAAGCGAUGCCCUGUGGCAUCUCCAACUCGUCGUCUGCGUUUUGAGGAUGAAACUGAGACAGAAGUGGAGUCCCGUUACCUGGAGCGACAGCAGCAGAGGAGACCAGGAGUGCAGCGAGGGACUGAGGUCCUGGUUUCUAAACCAGACUUGAACCGCUACAUCAACAGCAGGGCAGGACCAGGGUCCGGGCCGCAGGGGGCGGGGCAUGUUGUUGACAGAUGGCAAAGAGGACGGAAGCCCUUGGACAGGGCGGGUCAGUGCAACUCCUGUCACUCUGGCCUGAACCUCUGUCUGUGCCCACCUGUACCUCAAGAGCGGGGGCGGAGUCUGUACAGGCCCUGCCUCAACCUGCACACCGAGCCAAUCAGAGAGACCUACAUCGGCUCUGUCACACCAACGGGGGGAGGGGACGGGACUGGCUGUGACGCUAACAACCAGGUGAGGAGGAGGACCAAUCAGGUGGAACUUAAUGGAAACCAGAUGACCAUCCCUCAGGUCACGCCCACUACAGAUCUUCCAAUCAACCCCUACGCCCCCGACCAGCUGACUGCACCCAGUUUCAAAUGUCAACCCUCCCCAUCUCCUCCACCUGUGACAUCAGCAAUGAUGUCACAGGGCAUCAGGCUCAACGGCACAAUGUCAGAGCAGGAGAUGCCUGCUGCUCCGCCCCCCAACACGGAGCUCCGACCAGGGCCUGAGCUGAAGGGGAGGAAGAGCUCCUCCUCAGAGACAACAGCUGAGAGCCAAGCCCCACCCACCUCAGACAGCGCUGGUUAUGGACAGGACAGACAGCCAAUGAGAGCAGAGCUUCACAGAGACGAUAUGUCACUUCCUGAACGUGUACUCAGCAGAGACCAGCCCUCCCGUCUGUCUCUACGUCGUCUUUUGUCCAACGUCUCACUGAGCAGGACUCGAACCGCCAGCCUGGACCGCCUCAACUCAAGGCCCCGCCCCUCUGUCUCUGACCCCGCACCCUUAGGUCCCAGGAUGUCCUCCAGCCUUCUGAAGAAAACACCGUCUGUUCAGUCACUCAGUGUGGGGUCGCCCUUCCUUCAGUUCAGGAAGUCGUCAUCAGUUCAGAAUUUUGUUUCGGAGCAGAAGAAGAAGACGGAUCGAUCAGCUGACUAUAGACCAUCUGCUGAACAGUUCCUGCAGCGUUGUCUCAGUAUAGAGGACGUUGGACGUCCCUCUUCUGUCCGUUCUGUCGGACGAGUUCUUCAGGUUUAUUCUGAUGGAACGUUUCUGUUGGAAAUCAGUCGACCGAAGAGCCGAACGUUCGGAUUCAUCAUCAGCAGAGGAAGAGGACGUCCUGACUCUGGUGUGUACGUGGACGACAUGGUGGACAGCAGUACUGAGAAGUUGUACGCCGGCUUGCUGGCGGUGGGAGAUGAGAUCCUGGAGGUGAACGGAGAAAAGGUGGCCUGCCUCAAUCUGGACCAGGUUACUCACCUGCUGACCCAGAACACCUCCACCACCGUACGGAUGCUACGACACUGGCGGACGCCACCACAAUGACCACAGCUCCGACUGAGUAUAGCCACCUAACCUUAGAUUCAUAACCACACCUUCAGUCACCUGGUAACCUGAUCACCUGACAAAGCACAGAAAGUGUUUACAUACAAAAAUAUCCUGAUUCAUAACACAGUGCGCACACAUGUCCCACACAUGUCCCACACAUGUUGCCCUUUAUAAAUCACAAUCAACUCAAAAUAUGGCACAGGUGAGCGAGCGUCUGGCCCCGCCCACAGGUGCCUAUAAAUGGGCGUGACUGAGGCUCAAACUGCAGCUGGUGGCAGAUGCUGUAAAUGCUGCUGCCUCAGACUUUGUCACAAGUCAAGAAGAAGCAGUGGUCCGAUAUGAAGGUGGAGGCCAAAAAGCGCACCGCCUCACACAGGCAGAGUGUGUGCACCACCGAUAGGGGAAAGGGGACACCAGAGUUCACACCCCUUGAUGAGAAACUGGCCGGGAUCAUCGGUGAAUCCCUCCUGAGCGGUCACAGAGGCGGAGGGGGACACAGAUGUGGCUGAGUAAAGCACGUGCACUGAAGCUGUGUUAAAACACUCAUGUACAAACACAAUGUAGACGUGAUCCAAAACAACUAACUUUAUCCAAAAUCCUUUUCUCUUGUAGUCCCUGGGUGUUCCAGUGAGGUUGGUGAUGCAGCCCAGCAGAGUGCUCCCAGCGUCUCCCAUGUACCUCGUGCGCCUCAGCCAUCCAGCAGCAGCAGAUGUGUCGUCACAGUCUCGGUCUUGCAGAUCCACAGAGAAACCAUACAGUCAGUUAACCAGGUUGUCAGGGAGUUACGGGAGAUAAAGGCAGUAUUGUCUGACAUAAAGUGUACACUGAAACUGUUGGUCAAUAAAUUAUGUUUGUUUAA